GCUGCCGCGCCUCGCUAGCCGUGUUCCAUCCCAUUCAAGUUGCUCUGCUCUCUGCAGAGGCAUCGAUCCCGGCUUUCUUCCUUUCUCUAGGCUCCAGCAGUUCUUCUCGCCCGUGUUCAAAUGGCGAUGGCGAGGUCGUCGGUGCCGUUGCUGCUGCUGCUGCUGCUGGCGUCGUCGGCGUCGGCGCAGAAGUACAAUGCGCUGUACAACUUCGGGGACUCCAUCACGGACACGGGCAACCUCUGCACCAACGGGAACCCCUCCUCCAUCACCUUCACCCAGCCCCCCUACGGCGAGACCUACUUCGGCAAGCCCACCUGCCGCUGCUGCGACGGCCGCGUGAUUGUUGAUUUCCUCAGCAACAAGUUCGGGCUGCCGCUGCUGCCGCCGUCCAAGUCGACGAGCGCCAACUUCAAGCAGGGCGCCAACAUGGCCAUCACCGGCGCCACCGCCAUGGACGCCCCCUUCUUCCGCUCCCUCGGCCUCUCCGACAAGAUCUGGAACAACGGGCCCAUCAGCUUUCAAAUGCAGUGGUUCCAACAGAUCACCUCCUCCGUCUGCGCCUCCAGUUGCAAGAGCUACCUGGCGAAAUCGCUGUUCGUGUUCGGGGAGUUCGGGGGGAACGACUACAACGCGAUGCUGUUCGGGGGCUACAACACGGACCAGGCCAGCACGUACGCGCCGCAGAUCGUGGACACCAUCUCCAGCGGCGUCGAGAAGCUCAUCGCCAUGGGCGCCGUGGACGUCGUGGUGCCCGGGGUGCUCCCCAUCGGCUGCUUCCCCAUCUACCUCUCCAUCUACGGCACCUCCAGCGCCGCCGACUACGACUCGCUCGGAUGCCUCAAGAAGUUCAACGACCUGUCCACGUACCACAACGGGCUGCUCAAGACCAAGAUCGCCGGGUUGCAGGCCAAGUAUGCGUCGGCGAGGAUCAUGUAUGCCGACUUCUAUGCCGGGGUCUACGACAUGGUCCGGAACCCCUCCAGCUACGGGUUCAGCUCGGUGGUGGAGGCGUGCUGCGGGUCGGGGGGAGGCAAGUACAACUACGCCAACAGCGCGCGGUGCGGCAUGUCCGGCGCGUCCGCCUGCGCAAGCCCGGCCUCGCACCUCAGCUGGGACGGCAUCCACCUCACCGAGGCCGCCUACAAGCAGAUCACCGACGGCUGGCUCUCGGGGGCAUACUGCCACCCCGCAAUCCUCCACUCCUAGAACCUUUUAUUACCCAUCUGUCGCUAUUUAUCACAGAUUAUUUAUUCACUUCGAUUAAUUAACGUUUGUUGUGGAGGAAGGGAGAGGGUAAGUUAAGCAAGAUGGGGGAAACACGUGGUGGUGUCUGUCAUGGGUGAAAAAGAAGGGGAAUGUUUGUUUACUUUCGUUGCCGAAGGAAAACCACGGCGACUGGAUGAAUAAUAAUGUGUGUGUGUUACUUAUA